AUGAGCAGCACCAUCGGGAGCGACUUUGACACCCUCGAUGACCUUGUCGCCCACAACGAUGCCCAGCUGCCGCGCCGGCUCGCCGCUCGCAACUCGGCUCCCGACGCGGGUGCUCGUCGUGCGCUGUCUGGUGACCACGCCGGUGCACACUCGGGUCGGCGUGAGUCGGCCUUGUACGGUUACCGCGCCUACGGUGUGACGGGCGAAUUCGCAGCGACUUCGCCGGCUGCAGGCAGCGGGGGCGGUGGUAAGGUGCCCCUCUUCGCCAAAGGGCCCACCACCUGCCGCCUCCCACCCACCACCGUUGCGCACAAACAUCUCAAGACCAUGGAUAGCCUGGCCAACCUCGGCAGCGCUUUCACCCCCACGGUGGUGACCACGCGCGCCUCAGGGGCAACGGCGACACCGGGGCCCACGACCACCGCCGCCCAUGACUCGGCGUUCCGUGGCAGGGAGCCGGCGUUACCGAUCGAGCGACGGGUGACAUGCCCGCCGGACUUCGGCUCUCUCACGUCUGUCACAAGCACCGCGACCAUGACUGCCUCUGAUACCACGUGUCGCACACACGACUCAGCUAACGAUGACAGCUCUGAGGGCGAUGGAGGAGCGGUGGAGGAUCGGGCAGACCUCAAAGGCGGCCACACCGUGCAGUGCCGGCGGCUUGGGCACGACGCAUCAGUAGCAGCCGUAGCCUCACGUACUCCGAAGCCUACCCCGCGCGCCCCGCCCCAUCGCAAUGCGCGAGACUUCGACGGCUUCUACAACACGGGCUUGUUGCUGGAGGAGGAUGACGAAGACGACGAUGCGGCUGAGAGUGAGCGGAGUCGCCGUCCCGCCCGCGCGGUCGACGGCGCUGCCGCACCACUUCCAUCGGCGGCGCUCAACGCGAGUCUUUUCUACAUGUACGGCCCAGCUGGACGUCGCGGCAGCAAUGCAUCUAUCAGUUUUCGCCGCUCGCAGCCAGCCACUGCAACGCCAGAUCCCCACACCGAAGGACACAGCAAGGGCCUCGCCUCACCGAUGUCUGUCAACGCAUCGACGGUCACCGCAGCGCGUUCUUGGUCCAUUGCAUCGCGACGCGAGGCAGCUGGCGAACAGCUGUGUCGGCUGGCUGUGGCGCUUCCCACCAUGACGACGGUGCACUGGCUCUCGCUCGUCAUCACUCUUCUCGUGCCAGUUAACCUGCUGUGCCUUGAUGUAAUGGCGCUGGGGUGGAUACGGCGGCGCGUGGACGCAAGCUACGGCGGCGCAUCUGUGUUGCCGUCAUCUGACCGGUCCACCGCACCCACCUCAUUGCGGGUGGUGAUCUGUGGUGCUGCGGGGGUCUCCACCGGGGUAGCAGAAGCUCCGUCGUCGUGCGCGAACGACUCCGGAUUCACGUUCAAAGUGGGCGCCACCACCUUCACCUCCACCCCCGGAGGCGGUGGAAGCGGGCGCAGCAGCAGCAGCAACACUGCUGGCGCCGGCAACCCACGAAGGAUCGACGCGAAAACGUCAUCGCUUUCGUCUACGCACACGGUGCCUGCCCUGUGCAGCGUCAUCCUGUGGCUCCUGGCCCCCAACGGGCUUCUCUGCCGGCUUGUUAUACACCGGCUCCGGCGACCCACUGACGAAGCAGUCGCCGACGACCAUGAGCCGGUGGACGAGUCUGGGGUGGACCUGUCGCCAUCCUUGGUGGGAGCAGCAGCAGCACCGAGCACCCCAUCCCCAGGGCACCGAGCAGCUGCGGCAAGCACCGAUGAGUAUCACCACUUAAGAACGGAAUGGCAAGUGUGCUGCGACGUCUAUGAGCGUGUGCGUCAGCUGGCACCCCAGCUGGAGGUGAUUGAACUCUUUAUCCGGUACGCGUGCUUGUGGGUCAUGCUGCACGCCCCCCUCCCGUGUGCAACGGUGGCGAGCGAGUGGACGGACGCGUGGCUGCUCAAGGCGCCGGCGCCUGAAGAAGGAAAGGCGAUCGCGCCGAACGGCAGCCACUGGCGCGCCGCAAGCAACGCCACCGCCUCCGUAUCGCCGCGUCGCGCUGCGGACGUCAUGGUGGCUGCCUGA